AUGCGUCGCUCGCUCGCUUCCCAUCUCCCGAUCCGGAUCCCUUCCCUCACCGGCACACCUCAUCCUCCAGCCCCUCACAUGGAGUUGACAGACUCGACGCGGUUGCUGAUCGACUUCUUAAAGCGAAGGAGAGGGAAGACCGUCGUCCUUACCGGUGCGGGAGUCAGUACCGACUCCGGGAUACGCGUGAGUUGGCCCGGGGUUCUUUCUCGAGGUCACGUGCGCGCCGAGAUCGGUGAUCGGUGAUCGGAGGCAUCGAGGCUGGGAGGCGAGGGUGGGAUGACGAUAACUGACUCAGUGUCGGUGCUUGGGGCAUGUUCCUUCUCGCAGGCUUAUCGAGGAUUGAAUGGAAGUUAUACCACGAAUGUCAGUCUGACCCCAACCGGUCCCACUCUGGCACAAAUGGCCACCAUCGUCCCCGAGGCACAGGCGUAGCUGAACUCUCUUUCGUCGCGAACGUGGAACUUCACCGAGGAGCAGAAGAAGCACCGCCCCAUCUUUUACCACGAAUUUAUCGAAGAGGAAUCGAAGCGCCGGAGAUACUGGGGUCAGUCCUGGACCGGACCCGAGAUCACGUCGGAAGAAUUUGAUCCUGAUCUGAGGCCUUGUACGCGUGGAUUCGCAGCUCGGUCAUAUCUCGGAUACCCUCCCGUCCGUAUAUAAAACACUCGGUGCACUGCUUCCUUCAUUCUUUCCUUCACCGGGCUGAGCAUGUCUAUUGAUCGAAUCAGGUCCGAGUCGCGGAACCCAAUCCGACGCAUUACGCCUUGGCGGCUCUGCAAAAGCUCGGUCACGUCUCACACCUCAUCACCCAAAACGUCGAUGGCUUACAUCACAAAGCCUACGACAACGAUCUAACGACGUACUUGGCUCCUCCACCUAUCGCGCCGCCCACAACAGCCACUGCCUCGUCCCCGUCCGGCUCGACCACCGAACCAAAACCCCUACCUUUCGAGCCCGACAUCCUCGAAUUGCACGGCACGUUGCGCCACGCGCAUUGUCUCUCUUGCCAAACACCCAUAGGCCGCGACGCGUUCCAAGAUCGUCUUUCGGCUCUGAACCCCGCAUGGGCAGAGUACUCGCACAAUUUGGAAAGUGGCAAGACGAAACCCAUCUUGAACCCCGAUGGGGAUGUCGAACUCGGGAAAGGGGUCCGUUACGAGGAUUUCAACGUCCCCGCUUGCGAUCACUGCGGGGAAUACAUGAUGAAACCAGUCAGUCCAAAUCUGACGCUCUCAUUGGAAAUGCGUGGAUGAGAAGACUGACUAGACUUAUUGUAACUUUUCUCGUUCACCCCCCUUUUCAGAAAGUCACCUUCUUUGGCGAAUCCUUGCUUCCCCACGUUAGGGACCUCGCGACCUCGUGGAUCGAAUCAUCGACCCAAUUACUCGUCAUCGGUUCCUCCCUAGCGACCUAUUCGGCCUUCCGGCUCAUCCGUCUUUCCAAAGACCUCGACCAUCGAGUAGGCUUGAUCAACGUUGGCGAAUCGAGGGGGGAUGGUUUGGUUGAUUUCAGAAUCGGAUGGGAAGGCGGAGCUGUAGAGGUUUUGCCGCCUGUGGUGAAAAGGUUGUUGGAGGAUGGGCCAGAGGUGGAAGAAGUUUUGAAGACGGAGGUGGAGGAAAUGAUGAGGAGGGGUAGGAUCAAGAGGAUUGGGAAUGGGGGGACUGCAGCGUAG